AUGAUGGGGAUGGUGGUGGAGACGGUGGCCAACGAGUAUCCUGCUCCGGAGACGAUCUCUCUCCACUACGAUCUCGCCUGUUCAUUCGCCGCAUCACAGGAAGAGCAGAAAAUUGGAACAGUUCUGGCGCUCGGCCGCGGAGGACCUGGCCCGAUACUCGCAGCCCCGGCCUCGAGCCUACAGAGCCUACUCCGUUCAGUCCUUCGGUAUGGACGGAGGACGAAGGACACGGCGAUGUCGUACAAGGCCCUCCUCUGA